AUGUGGGAGAAGGAGCUCGUCGACUCGCCCGAGGUCCGCAGGAAGGCCACCGUCGCCCAGCUCUUCUACCGCGGCCGCGAGCGCACCCUCCUCCGCAAGCGCCGCGUCAAGCUCCGCGUCGACCAAUUCACGAUCAUCGCCCAGGUCGGCCAGGGAGGCUAUGGCGAGGUCUUCCUCGCGCGUAAGACGGACACGCGCGAGGUCCGCCAUGUGCUCGUCGAGCGCGACAUCCUCACCGCGACCAAGACGCCAUGGCUCGUGCGGCUGCUAUACGCCUUCCAGGACCCCCAGCACGUCUACCUCGCGAUGGAAUACGUCCCGGGUGGCGACUUCCGGACCCUGCUCAACAACGCCGGAGUGCUCAAGGAGGAGAUCGCGCGGUUCUACAUCAGCGAGAUGUUCGUGGGCGUGCACGAGCUGCACAAGCUUGGGUACAUCCACCGAGAUCUCAAGCCCGAGAAUUUCCUGCUCGACAGCACGGGUCAUGUCAAGUUGACCGACUUCGGUCUGGCAACUGGUGCGCUCAACCCGCAGCGGAUCGAGUCCAUGAAGCUCAGGUCAACGAUAUUCAAGGAAAACGAGGUCGUUCACCGCUCGACGCUCGAGCGACGAUCCAUCUACCGCUCGAUUCGCCAGCAGGUCCCUCGCUAUGCGGACUCGAUCGUCGGUUCCCCCGACUACAUGGCCCCAGAGGUGCUCCGCGGCAAGCCAUACUCGUUCUCCGUCGACUUCUGGUCUCUCGGCUGCAUUCUGUUCGAGUUCCUCGCCGGCUUCCCGCCGUUCAGCGGCCGGACACCCGAAGAAACCUGGACGAACCUCGACAAAUGGCCGACGGUGCUUCGGCGGCCCGAGUACGACGCGCCGGAGGACCAGGUGUUCAACCUGACCGACGUCGCCUGGGACGGUAUCACCAGGCUGAUCGCACACGCGAGCGUGCGGUACGCGACGCUGGGCGACGUGCGCGAGCACCCGUUCUUCCAAGGCGUGCAGUGGGACGACCUGCGGGCGACCGACCCGCCGUACGUGAUCGAGAAGCAGAAACAUGUGGAGCGCGUGAAGGAGAAGGAGGAGCCGCUCGCGCGCGGGGUCUGGGUCGGGUUCACGUUCCGCAAGAACGGGCCCAUGGCGCUCGGCGGCGCGCGCGCGUUUGGGGGCGACGACGAUGGGGCGAUGGCCACCAUCUUCUGA